UUUUUUUUUUUGAGAUUGAGCAAAAUGUCAAAAGUUCAUUUCCUGCAGAAGAUGUGUUAACUUAUUUAUGUUAAACUUAUUUCACAUAGGAUAUCAAGAAAAGAUGCCAUUAGCCCAUGGUUGUUCAAGCUUUUGUAUAUAUAAAUCUGAUCAAGCAUUUAUGCUAAUCUGUAGCUUUUCUUACCUUGGAAUUUAAAUUCAUGAUUUGUAGUAUAAUGUAUUCCAAAUGACCUUAACUUGGAUUCAUUGAACUGUGUGUGCUCAGUGGCCUAGAGAAACAGGCUUCCAUAAAGGCCUUUUACCUGCGAUCACUCCUCCGCAUCACUGUCCAAUCAGCAGCCAUGCUUUUAGUCACUCGUUCACACUGCAUUGGGCAAACAGAUGUGUGUGUUUCAAUGUUUGUCAAUGUCAGUUGCUUAACCAUUUUUCAGUGCCCAAUAAGUGCUCUGGCAGCUGGACAUGUGUGCACUGGAAAAAGUAUUUUUUCAAAGAAGGCACACAAAUGGUUAUUUCUGCCUCCUUCUACCCAUACACAUGCUUGCAUGCACAUACACACAUAUACUCAAACAGAUGCGUACAAACACACACACAGUCCACACUGCUUUGCCUCCUCUGGACCCUGGGUGACCCAGUGUUGCGUGCUUCAAAGACCAACGUUGCCUCGCUCAUGCUAUCAGGCUAAACCCACUCCCAUUCUUCUUAUCUCCUCCUCCUUUUGGGCGGUACAGCUGUCAGACCAGUCCUUUGGAUUCCAGGCACCAGGGCAGAGCAAGUUAAGACUCAGCCAGGAUAGAAUGAAAGGAGAAGUAAAAAUAGAAGAGUUGGGGGUUCACAUAUCAGUAGUGAGGGCUUAAGCUUGAAGGAAGGAAGCAUUAAAGUUGAGACAGGACUUUAUAGAUAGACCCACAACUCUCCCGCUUUAAACCAGUCAGUGACAGGAUUCCCUAAGAGCUGUGUUGGGGUGCUGUAAGAAUUUCUUCAGAGCCAACGCUGACCACAAUAUUACACUUGCAGCUACCUGUUUGAUUCACACCUUUAACAGUUUCUAGUGUUAAGCAAAAGAAUGCUGGCCCACUUGCUGUCAUUCGGCCGCUCUCUGGUGCGAAGGAAGAAUGUGGACUGUCUGGAGGACUCCAAGCUGUGCCGCUGCCUCUCUACGGUGGACUUAAUCGCCCUAGGAGUGGGAAGUACACUAGGGGCUGGAGUCUAUGUACUCGCUGGAGAGGUUGCUAAAGGCAACUCAGGCCCCAGCAUUGUGGUGUCCUUCCUCAUUGCUGCCCUGGCCUCCGUAAUGGCAGGCCUGUGCUACGCUGAGUUCGGUGCUCGGGUGCCCAAGACAGGCUCAGCUUACCUGUACAGCUAUGUGACUGUAGGUGAACUCUUGGCCUUCAUCACAGGAUGGAACCUCAUUCUCUCCUAUGUAAUAGGAACCUCAAGUGUUGCCAGAGCUUGGAGUGGAACCUUUGAUGAACUCAUUGGGGGCCAUAUAGAGAAAUUCUGUACAACAUACUUCAGAAUGAACCUGCCUGGUCUAGCAGAAUACCCAGACUUCUUUGCAGUUUGCCUUAUCUUACUGCUUUCAGGCCUACUUUCCUUUGGCGUUAAAGAGUCAGCGUGGGUCAACAAAAUUUUCACAGCUGUAAAUGUGCUCGUGCUUAUGUUCGUCAUUAUAUCUGGGUUCGUCAAAGGUGACUCUCUCAAUUGGAACAUAUCUGAAGAAUCCCUCAUAAAUGUCACUAUUGUGACAAGGAAUCUGUCCUACACUGGAAAUGUCACAAGUGAUUAUGGAGCUGGAGGAUUUUUGCCUUAUGGCUUUGGAGGAACACUAGCUGGUGCAGCAACAUGCUUCUAUGCCUUUGUAGGAUUUGACUGCAUUGCAACAACAGGUGAGGAGGUGAAGAAUCCUCAGAGGGCAAUUCCCAUCGGUAUAGUUUCCUCCCUGCUGAUUUGCUUCUUGGCUUACUUUGGUGUGUCUGCUGCCCUCACCCUCAUGAUGCCUUACUAUCUUCUGGAUGAGAAGAGCCCACUGCCUGUGGCCUUUGAAUAUGUUGGCUGGGGACCUGCUAAAUAUGUGGUGGCAGUGGGCUCACUGUGUGCACUAUCAACCAGCCUUUUGGGCGCCAUGUUUCCUCUGCCCCGCAUUCUGUUUGCCAUGGCACGAGAUGGCAUACUAUUCAGAUUUCUUUCCAAACUGAGUAAGCGUCAGUCACCAGUAGCUGCCACUAUGGCAGCGGGCACCACUGCGGCUAUCAUGGCUUGCAUUUUUGACCUUAAAGCCUUAGUGGACAUGAUGUCUAUUGGAACCUUGCUGGCCUACUCUCUCGUAGCUGCUUGCGUUCUUAUUCUCAGGUACCGUCCAGACUCUGUACCUGAGAACAGCAGGAUGAAUAAAGAGGGAGAGGAGUCAGAGCUGACUGAGUCUGAGUCUCACCUCAACAGGCUGAAGGAUGGAGAGAUGACACUGCAGUCACUCCUCAGCCCCUCCCUGCAGCCCACAAAAGGCUCCUCCAAUGCCGUCAACAUUGCUGUUGGGGUUAUAGUCGUUACAGUAUGUGUGAUCAGUGCCAUCACUACACAUUGUGGACAGGCCAUUCUCAGCAUGGUGCCCUGGGUCCUGGGAACACUAGCAGUGUCCUUUGUUGUGUUUUUCAUUUGCAUCAUCUUGGUCUGUAGACAGCCACAGACAAGCAAGAGGGUGUCCUUCAUGGUCCCGCUCUUACCCUUUCUGCCCAUUCUGAGUAUAUUUGUCAAUGUUUACCUCAUGGUGCAGCUGAGUGGAGACACGUGGAUCCGUUUUUCUGUCUGGAUGGCUGUGGGUUUCCUCAUUUAUUUUGGAUACGGUAUGUGGCACAGCAGUGAGCUCCAGAGGCAAAGGCAGGCCACUAAUGCUGCGCCAGAUAAAAAGAUGAUGCAAAACAAGGACACUGCUGUGGAAAAACUUGUCCAUCCGGAGAAAACCAGUCAGUUUUAAAGAAUUAAAAAUGAUGCCUUAAGACUGUUUCUCUUAUCAGCUAUUGGGCUUUGUUAACCCCUUGACCAGCUGACAGUUCGGCUCUGCUCUGCACCUCCCCUAACAGGCCUGGUUUAGGCACACUGCAGAGAAAUGUUUUGUAGCUUUUCUCAUAAGAUUGACAUCCUCAUGAAUGCUGUGAUGCGUGAAUGUUAUUAUAAUGCACAAUGUAUGAAAUAUGAAUGUAGUUCUCAGUCAGCACUGUGCAUUUUAAUGAGGAGAGAGGAAGACAGUUUUAAAGACUUCAGCUCAAAAUAAGUGAAUGAGUUUAACACAGUAACUGACUGUUGCCUCCAGUUGUAGUAUGUUUAUAUGCAACACCUUUAAAGGAAUACUCCAUUAUUCUCCAACCUAAUCUCUGUUUGCCACAUCUAUAGCAUACUGUUACCAUGGGCAGUAAUAUCCUUGUAUUUAUAACAGGAUUGAACAGCUUUUGAUAUAAUGGGAGUCAAUGGUCCGGUGCAGGAGUGGCCAUUAUAAAUGUGUUUUGAGUAGUGUUGUCACAUGUUAAUAACAUGUUAAAAUGCCUAAAGUGUAACACCACUGGUUUGUAUGUAUAUACUAAUUUCACUAUAUAUGCAUUUUUUUUAA